UAGCUGGCAGCAUGCAUCGUUUCUUUGUGUGUUUCUGUACAUUGGUCUUCAUAGAAGAAAAGGCGCAAUGUUUGGACUUCAAAGAAAAAAACAAGUUGUCAAAAUAAGAAGCCUGAAUGAUACAAAAAAAUAUGGGGUGGCUGCAACAAGUCUGAAAGAGCUUCUCAAAAAGGGGAGUAAACUUCUACAGGUUCCACUCGUCGGUUCGCAUAUUUCCUUGUAUGAAGAUGGAACAGAAUUGACAGAGGACUAUUUCCGAAGUCUUCCAGACAAUGUUGAACUUGUCCUUCUUGCCAUGGAUGAGAGGUGGAACGGAUUUGUCUGCGACAUAGGCCGGUUGCUGGACACCGACAGGAACUCAGAUCUUCUGAUUGAUGCGGCUAAGUGGCUUCUCUCAGACGAGAGGUCUCCAAAGAGACGCAGACUCCUGGGGGACCUGCUCCUGCACUUGAAGGACAGCUCUGAGACUGAAAACAGAGAAGACGAUGAAGACUGGUUCCAAGGAAUUGAUGACAGAUUUAAGACCAAAUCGGCCUACAUGAAGUACAACUGUGAGAGCAGGAUUCGUGGAUACAUGAAGGAGGUGCAUAGUUAUGCUCAAACCAUCCAAAAACCUAAACUCAAGGACGAAUACAAGAAGACUGCAGAGUGCUUAGUGAUGCAGCUGAAAUCUGACAAGUACAAUGGUUGCUACUUCAACAGGAAAGAAAAGGAACAAAAUCGACUAUGCACCCAGGAGGGAUGGUUCUCCUGUCAGGGUGCUUUUGACCAUGAUGAAUGCAAGUCCCUUCACUCAAUCAACCCCUAUGGAAACCGAGAGAGCAGGAUUCUCUUUAGCACCUGGAACUUGGACCACGGGAUUGAAAAGAAGAGGACAGUCAUUCCUACCCUGGUGGAAGCACUGCAGAAACACAAGAGCACCAACAUAAACCUGGACUAUUUUUACAAACUGCUGUUUACUCGGGAGAAUCUGAAGCUGGUACAUAUUGUAUGCCAUAAGAAAGGUGCACAUGACUUGCUCUGUGACAAAAGGAAAAUUUACAAACAGGGCAAACGAAAAUGAUUCUCUAAAGUGAAGAUGCAGGGUAUAUGUUUUUCUACUGUUUAUUCUUGAAUUUUGUAUUUCUUUAUUAACUAGCUAACGGAUGAAGUGCAAGACGCAUGAUAACUGGUAAAUAACUAAAUGUAAUUAUGGGCAGGGAACAUUGUUUUCUGCUACUAAUCAGAACAGCUUAUUUAUUGAUAAUUUUGUGAUAGUGAUUUUAAAGCACUUCAUCAUGAGCUAUUGUUUAGGUAAUAGUCAAUGGACCAAUCGCAAAUCGUCCCGAGCCCUACACACAGGGGUACGUUCCGUUCGAUUCAACAUUUGCUACGUCGCGUGUCAGUUUGUACUGAACGACACGUUUCCCCCAAUACAGCGCACACCAGUCUUCAACAGCCUUUGAGGUACAUUUGGUGGGUGUGGCCUGAUCAAUAUGGAUGUGACCAUUUCAAAUGGCAAAAUGUGUCGCACACACCGUACAGUCGCUCUCUGGGCCACCAUAAUGACACCGUUCAACUAUUCGCUCAGAACAAUACUGCUUCCGUUGAAAUGAAAUGCUUAACAUUGUUCUGUACUACUGAAUGCACCCCUGGUGAUCUGAGAGGAUUUGAUUGGUAUAAGCAAAUGGUUAAACUUCUACCCAGCCUAUCAGAGGGCUAGGUGGAGCUAUUACCAUAUUGAUUACAUCUGUCAAAUCCUCUGCGCUCCACAAGUGCAUAGGGUGGGGGGGUUGAAAUAUUUAAGGUUUUACUAUUGUUGGAGUCAAGCAGAUUUGAUGAUUACAGAUGAUUUGAGCUCAGCUCCAUCGCCUGUAAGUAUAAUUAGAUAAUGAUGUGAUAAAGUUCUGCUUAGUUUCAAUAGCACAAUACAAAACAGCAGACAGGUAAUUGAAACUUUAUUUAAGUUUCCUUGUAUUGGCAGUGCAACUUUGACUACAAAUAUUGUGCAUACAUAAGGCAUUCAGUAACAAUAUUGUAAAAGAUACAAUAAAAAGAAAACAAUGAGCACUUAACCUGUACUAUUUAAACAAUAUACAGUAUAGAUAAUUGAAAAGCGAGAAGUUUUGUUAGUGCAAAUAUCAAUACAAAAAUGUAUAACUUUAGGGUAUAUGCUGGCAAAACAUUAACUUGAUACCCUGGUUCUGUUGAACGAAUCCACUUUAUCGGGCUCAACUGUGACAUUAAGGUCGUUUAAGGACAAGUUUUAUUCCAUCCCAUUGAUAGGAAUGAGUUACUUCUGUAAAUUAAGUGCCAACUAUUUCAUCUUGAUGCACUUCAUCACUGUCAUCUUUGGCAUAGUACUGUCGUCUCCUGUGCUCCCUCCUGCUGAAGGUCGAAGUGGCCGUAGAUCUCCGUGGACAAUCCUACAAGGCAAAUAACAGCAUGUCAAUAACCAUGUUUCCAUUAGGUUUUUAUGCGAAAAAAGUCAUUCCAUAUAAAAAGACGACCACGACAGCUGUGAUGGAAACAACAUUUUGGUACAAUUUUAUAAAUGCAGACAGAAUUUGUUCGUUUGACAUGGUGGGAUCUUUGUCAGUGAAAUUAAUUAUGCAAGAAUUGGCCGUGGAAAUAUUGAUAGAAUAACUAUCAUAUUGAAGUAAACUUGGGAGUCACGUGAUGUUAUGGUGUGUGAUCCUCCCACUACAACUCUGGAAACCAUGCAGUUUUAGGCUACAGAUUAAAUAAGUUAUGAUGAACUUCACAAGGUGAUGAAAGUGCACAGUGAUGAUGCUCCUUUCCAAUAAAUAUAGAUGGGUCGGAUUCUGGCAUGAUCGAUGCUUGACAAAUAAAAAUAUUCUUGCCCUUAUCCAUAAUAAUCUCAUCAUGUAGACUAUACCUGCGCUGUUGGCUAGAGAGCACAUGCCAAGACCAGAGUUGGUACAACACAUGAGUUUCUGCUGCCAUUUCUCACAAUUAAUUUUACAGACAAAAAGAUCCCACCUUGUCUAGCGUAUUUAGUUUUGUAGACAUUUGGGAAGUUUACCGACAUUCGUUUCCAUCAGGCCUGUUCUGACUUUCACGCGCUUGUCGGAAAUAGGAAACUCGGAAAUGUCCAACUUGCUAACCUGUUAUAGUGAUACACGUGCCACAUUCAACCAGUUAACUGUGAAAUUUCCCACAUGCUUUCUUGUUCCGACUAGCACAUGAAAGCAGAAUUACUCACAUAAAAAGGUUGGAUGGAAACCUUUAUUGGUUGCGUUUACACAGGCAGCCCA